AUGAGUUUGAUGACAGCAUCCACGACCACAGCAGCUCGCAGUAACACCAGCACGACCACUGUCUCGUUGAGAAGACAGAGGAGGAAGAGGACGACGACGACGGUUUCUCGGGCGAUGAUGAAUUUGCGUUUUGAUGACGACGAUGGAAAAAAGAACAGUAACGACGAAGAGAAAACGAUGAGUAAACGCCAGUUUGCAUUGUCCACGGCGGCGGCGGUGGCCUCCGUGGUACUCUCUCUGGGCCAGCCGAUGGACGCGCAGGCGUUAUCGCUGAAGAGCAGCAAUAAGAACGGGGUGUAUUGGAUCGAACCAAAGAACAACGCGACGGUGACGUCUCCAUUCACCGCAAAAUUCGGCGUCAAAGGCUACGAGGUCGUCCCAGCCUCCGCGGAAUUCGAAGAAGGCACCGGACAUCAUCACAUCAUCGUCGAUGGCGAGUACAUGGAGAAAGGAACCGUCGUCCCGUUUGACGCCACGCACUUGCACUACGGCAAGGCGCAAAAAGAAGGCGAGAUUACUUUAGAACCUGGGACGCACACGUUGACGUUACAGUUUGCCAACGGGAAGCACGUGAGUUACGGGAAGAAGUUUGCGUCGACGAUAACCGUGAACGUCGAGUAA